UUGCAUACUGUUGAAAAUAAAGCCAUGUUUCAUCUGACCCCGUGUUUCAACUGGCCCCGCUCUCCCCUAAUAGUUGAGGAAUCUGGUGGGUUUUACCGUAAAAAUAGUACAAAAAGUAGGUGAAAUCCCAAUUUCAACAUUAAAUUACUCGUGACUCAGACCGAAUUUCGAAAAUCUGAUUUCAGUUUCGUAAAGUGGAGUGCUGAUUCUACCAAAUAUCAAAUUUUGUAUUUUAGCUGACAAUUUACCUUUAAACAAAUUUCACAUAAUUAUCCAUACUCGACCAUCAAGUCUGUGCAGGUUUUUUGAAGCUUUAGUUUCCCAGUUCUGCUCAGCUCUUCAAGGGAAAAGAGGAAAAGAGGCUGUCGAUCCGGUGACAAGACGUGACGUGACUGACUAUUGCAGUGACGUGACGGUGGUGUUGACGUGACGUCCACCGCGUCACACCGUUAGCAGGAGACGCAGCGUUCUGGCCUUUCGUUCUGGCACAGCAACAUGUUUGCACUUGGCCUUUGAACCUGCACCUGCAGCACAGUCAGAGUUGCUGUUGCAAACUGUCCCAUGUUUGUUGACCACAACCUUGGAUACCCAGCCAGCAUUGCUGGUCUGGGCCAGAUCUGGUUUCCUUUUGGCUAGCCCCGGCACUCUUGCUGUGGCGGAAGUGCGGGGAAGGUCUGGAGCUCUACUGGUGCUGACACAAGAUACCAGUGCUCACCCGGAGCACCGCCGUACUUCAGCCGUACGAGCCGUGCCGCACGAGAGCCGGACUAAAGCCAUAGAGCGCCGGUGCACUGCCGGUGCUAGCCAGACCAUGCCAAAGUUGGCCGGAGCGAGGCCGGACCCCGGCCGUAGUUCACCCAGAGUAAGCCGAACCAGUGCCAGAGCAUGGCCGAUCCGCGCUGGAGCCUGCCGGACUUGAGCCCAUUGAAAUAUGGUCGGGCCCUGGCAUGGGCCACAUCUGGCCGUAGUAAACAGAGGCAGUGCCAGGAAAUGUUCUCGGAGGGUAGCUUCAGGGGCGGAGCCAGGCAUUCGAAAACGGGGUGCACCGUACAGUUGUACACUAGGUAGCAUACCAUAGCAUUUAGGUACCGAUGUAUUACUCAACGCAAUCGAGUGACACAUGCACAAUGCACAUCACAGGCACUCGAAUGAGAGCGCCCGCUCCUCUCCCUCGCGCUGAGGGGAACCACCGUUAACAACUGAAGCCUUCCGCGAUAGUGAUGGUGGCCUCCUCCCUCUCCAAACUGAGCUGACUCGCUAGGCGAGCAGUGACAAAACACCCUGAGCUGCCCUGGUCUAGAAAAGCGUUAGUCUAGAGCUCCUUCCCAGUCUUAUCCACCAGCCUUACAGCCACCACCGGCAUCCACGGACAUUGACCUCUGAUACCCUUCAAUCCAACUCCAGCACUGACCACCUUUGGAGUGACCGGCUCAACCUCUGGGCUGGAAGGGUUCUGCUGAACUGCGUUCACGUGCAACAGAGUUGCGUGUCUGCCCCCAAAAAUGUCACAUAGCGGACGGGACGUGCAUGCACUGGCGAGAAGUCCAGGCAGCAGGCAGCCAAAACAGAGCCGCCUUUGAAACAAAAAAGCCUUCCGCUCCUCAAGCGGCUUCCAGCGCAGCUGGUCACACCUGUCUGUUGCUUCUGGGUGGUGAUUUCGCACAAUUUGUAGGCUCCGAUGUUUGUAUCUGCUGCACUAGUUUGUAUCUGCACACUGCUGAGAAAUAUCACGUCAGAGGCGCGCUAGCGAUUUCUGACAGCAAUCUCUAUAUUUCCAUUGUGGGUUUGGAAGUGUCAGUUAUUGUUUAUUGGCUAUGCUUUGAUGUGUUUUCUGACUUUUACUGGGUCGCAACUGCCACCACGAAUACUUCCAAGAUGCCCUCAGACUGGCCACAGACCCAGGAAAGGCCGAGCACCGGCUCCUCUUUGGUGACUCGCUGUCGCUGCCCCAUAGCCUGGGUGUACUGCGAAGGCACAUUUCACGCUAUAUGGCAUGGGUGCACAUGUUACAUCACACUUGUCCUGUAUCAUUUGUUCUGUUACAUUUCUUAUAUAUCGUUUAAAUAUCAUCGGAUGCUUAACCGACAAAGGUAGAGGGCAAUGUCCAUUGUACACGUGCCUCUUCCGGGUCCCGAGGGAAGUGUGACUCCAGUGCCGCCCCAGCAGCUGCACCACUGCCCCGCACGGGUGAGCGGUGCGGCGCCCGACCGGGCACAUCCACUGCAGCGCCUGACCUGGGACCGCUGAGGGCGCCGCAGAUGCCCAUCCGCAUCCGGCGGGGCUGUCAGGGCAAAACAAUGUCAAGGAUUUCGACCAGAAUGUUAGACUCGAAUACGCACGCACACAUACAUGACACGGCUACAGGGAAAUGCUCACAUCGAUCAAGCACGGGAAGGGAAAAGGACAGCCUGUGCCAGACACUCUGAAACACUGUUCCCCAUAUGCACACGAGGCUUCGUCUGGUUAUUGAAGAGUCAGACUGGGAAGGUGAGAGAAGACUGCCCCGCUGCCGGCACCCCGACACUCGACACCGUUUCCUUCCCGCUCCCUGAGGGACGGUGCCCGCUCCCACAGGGACGGUACCCGCUCCCAGGACGGUACCCGCUCCCAAAGGGACGGUACCCGCUCCCAAAGGGACGGUACCCGCUCCCAGGACGGUGCCCGCUCCCAGGAGGACGGUACCCGCUCCCAGGACGGUGCCCGCUCCCACAGGGACAGUACCCGCUCCCAGGACGGUGCCCGCUCCCACAGGGACGGUGCCCGCUCCCACAGGGACGGCAGCGCUGGACGAAACGGUUCACACGCCCACACACGCUUCACCUGACCCCGUGGGCUGGGCGACUCCACCACAGGACUAUACGGCACUGCAUGAGCCUCUAUCCGCUAUCCUUGUGGCCACCUGUCCCGGUGCCGGGUGUGGGGGGACCGAGGAGGCGCAGCACUUUCCACACCGCCCAAUAUUCCUCUGUGCCGCGGCCACGGCAGCGAAUGUGUUGCACGCCGCUGCUGCCCGUGUCUGUCUGUCGUGUCGUGUCUGUGAGUGAGCGGUGGGCGGCGCCGCCGGGAGGGACCGUGGCCGCCACUGUGCGCCGCUCUGAGUCGUGUCUGCCUGUCGUGGCUGUGGGCGAGUGUCCGCCACUGUGCGCCGCUCUGGGUCGUGUCUGUCUGUCGUGGCUGUGGGCGAGUGUCCGCCACUGUGCGCCGCUGCGGCUCGUGCUGAGACCCCGGCCGGCCGCCCUUGCAGUGCUGACGGGGGAUCUGUUCCGACGAGCUUACCUUGUAGCGAGAGUGGCGCAGUGACGGCAGUGGCGCAGUGAUCGCUGUGGCGCAGUGACGGCAGUGGCGCAGUGACCGCAGUGACGCAGUGACCGCUGUGGCCGCAGUGUGCGGCUCCCAGCGGCUCAGUGUGGAUAAGUCGCCGGGUUACACGGCGGGCGCAAACGUUCGCCAAUCGGUGGCCGCUAGCGUGACAUAUCUUGUGGAGUGAGUUCGGGCUGUUUGACCUGAGGGGUGUGCGGCUGGUUUUCGAGAUGGGGCAUACGUUCGUUUGCAGCGAGGAGACUCACGACGGUUUUGCUGAUAACAUGAAGUAGCCGUUGGUAGUGCAGUGAAUAUGAUAAUUUUUGGUGUAUAUUAAUUGCCCCUGGUUUUAGAUAUCAUGUGUAUGUAUCAUGUGUUAUGAUGUCGUCGCCCCACCUGCCAAAUCGUCAGGUAUCUGAAUGAUGUUCGGGUUGCAAUGCAAGUGUGUGCUGUGUCAAUAUAUUGCAAACACCAUGCA